AUGCCCGAGCUCGAAGACAUGCGCACUCGCUCGCGGCGGGGGUGGGCGGGGCGUGUCGUCCUGACAACGCGGAAAACAACUUCCGGUCGUGACCCUGCGAAGACCGGUGUCAAGAAGAUGUCCAAAUCUCAACGGCUGAAGCAGCAGCAAGAGGAGGAUGAAAGACGGCUGAGAGAGGAAGAGGAAGCACGUGCGAAGAAAGAAAAAGAAGAAAUGGAAAGGCUUGAAAAGAAACGAAUAGAGCGAGAAAAAUGGGAAAAACUUGAAGCAAAAGACCUUGAGAGAAGAACUGAAGAACUUGCAGAACUUUCUUUCCUGGAGAUGUGUUUUGCAGAGGCAGAGAAAUUGAAACGAGACUUUCGCAUGCUUGCUCAGUGGAAACAUUACCUGGAGUGUGACAGAAGCCCUGACCCUUCAGUGGCCCAAGAAAUCAACACUUACAUCAGCUUGUGGAAGGAGGAGACAGAUGAGACCUUUGAGCAAGUGAUGAGGAAGAGUAAUCAAGUGCUGAGUUUAAUUGAAAGAUUGACAUUAAUAUUACUUGAAACUCCACCAUUUGAUUUGCAAACUAAAAAUAUAAUACAGUAUGAAGGAUCAAUUCUUGAGCUGCAAGAACUCCUUUUUCUUAAGUUUAAUCGAGCCACAGAAAUACUUCUCAGACAGGCCAGUACCUUAGCAGACCUGGACAGUGGAAACAUGGAAAAAGUCAUUCAAUCAGAAAACAUCACUCUCUAUGUAUGGGCAAACCUGAAGAAGAAUCCGAAGUAUCGGAGCAUUCGGUUCUCUGGCACAGAAGUCGGCUUUGAAAUCCCAAGGAUAUUAGCUACAAGUGACAUCGCCCUUCGGCUCCUGCACACCCACUUUGAUCACGUCUCACCACUACCCACUGUGAAAGCCACCUUGGACACCUUUGAUGAACCUGUCAAAGAGGAGGUCCCACUGGAGGAGGCAGCAGCCAGUCAAGAAGCAGAGGCAGAGGCAGAGGCAGAAGUAGAGGCAGAGGCAGAGGCAGAAGUCAUCCAGGAGGCAGAGGCAGAGGCAGAAGCAGAGAGCCCACAGAGCACAGUGGAGGAAGACCCCAGAGCUAUCACAUAUGAGCUGGAGAUGACGUUACUAAGCAAAAGGGUCUCAGCAGUACAUUUGAAGAUGCUAAAGAAUACAGAGGAGAAGCCCCAUAUCUUUGAAGACCAUGUGGUUGACCUGUGCCAGUUCUCCACACUGGGUGGUGUGUACCAUUUGGACAUUCUGGAACUUCCACCACAGUAUAAACCAGUGAAGGGCUGGGUGAUCGUUCGGAUACUCAAGGAAGGAUUGCAGAAAUACAUCUACCCUCCAGAAACUACAGAUGAGGCUGAAAUGGAAAGCUCAUUCCCACCCAUCGAGGUCACUCUGGAGGUUCACAAGAAUGUGGUGUUUUUUGAGAGUCCCAUGGUUGCAAGGUGGGAUGCCAAAGUUAAAUGCUGGAAGACUAACGGCAUCAGUCAAGUCUCAUAUAAUUCGAAAGAAAGACUUGUGACAUUCAGCAUAGAUACCCUCAGCCCUAUUACCCUGAUUCAAGACACACAUAUCAACAUGCCUUUUCAGUCCUGGGAACUUGUACCUCUUGAAGUGAACCAGGUGCUUUUCACAGUGACUACAGUGUUUACCAAGAUUCAAAUCCACAUUAAGGACAAUCUCUGCCAAUUAGCUUCAAUUGAGCUGCAAAACAACGAGAAAUUCACUUUUCUGGAAGGAAAAUGGAUGUCGAUUACUUCUUUCAUCUUGGCCUUAAAAACAGCUGGGUUGAACAUUUUUCCCACUGCCCAAUCUCAUUUCUAUGUUGUUAUAAACUAUAAGACUCCCAUGGUAGAAAUGAAGGCUUAUCGACAAAUGGCCCUACUAAGUUCUGCCUUCGCAUUUGGUUGGAGCAGAUGGAAUAUACACUGUGAUUCUAGGAAAGUUGUAUUUAAGGCCAGUGAGCAUCUCACUAAAGAGGAACCCAUUCAGGAUCUCGACUGGAUAAUUUUAAUGUUCACAGGGGAGAGAGCACAAAGGCUCAACAUUAGUGAAUACAGCGAGGAGUUCUCGGAAAGCCCUCUGGAAGAGUCAGAGUUUCACUCUACCUUAUAUCACAUGGUCAAAGACUUCGCUUCCCUGGAAGCCCUGGAGGGCAUCAGGAAGACCAGCUACUCUUUCAUUGACACUGUCUGCAACAUGCUUCUCGCCACACGCUUGCUCUCUUAUUCUUAGC